AUGGAACGAGAAAUUCUACUUGGAAGCCAAACCAAGAGAGCAUGCAAAGAGGGACACAACAAUAGUGAUAAUCGCAUCACCACGAGCUUGCUAUGCUCACUUGUUGUCGUCCUGAUGAUCGUCCUUGUGAGCGCCGGCGAUGAGGCCGCGUUGCUUGCUUUCAAAGCGCAGCUUAGCCAUGGUGGCUCGCUAGCCUCCUGGAACAGCAGCACUGACUUUUGCAGCUGGCAAGGAGUGACGUGCAGCCACCGCAGGCCAGUGCGGGUGGCGGCGCUGAGAUUGAACGGCGCCGGGCUCGUCGGAGCACUCUCCCCAGCCAUUGGGAACCUCACGUCCAUGCAGACGCUCGAACUAGGCUCCAACUCGCUCCACGGAGACAUUCCGGCGAGCCUCGGCCGACUCCACCGCCUGCAGAGGCUCUACUUGAAUUACAACUCCUUCUCUGGCACAUUCCCUGCUAACUUGAGCUCUUGCACCAGCAUGACCGAAAUGAGACUGGACUACAACAAGCUUGGAGGGCACAUCCCGGCUGAGCUUGGCGAGAAGCUCACGUCCCUGACAAUAAUCUCGCUGAGAAAAAACAACUUCACAGGGGCCAUCCCGGCAUCGAUGGCCAACCUGUCCAAUCUACAGUUCCUUGAACUCACUGAGAACCAGCUCAUUGGUUCAAUCCCAUCAGGGCUGGGAAGCAUCCGGAGCAUGCGUUUUUUCACUCUCUAUGCAAAUAACGUCUCUGGUACGCUUCCACCUUCUCUCUACAACUGGUCAUCCCUGGAAGUAUUUGGUGUAGGGUCAAAUAUGUUGUACGGAAGCAUUCCGGAUGAUAUCGGAAGCAAGUUCUCCAAGUUGAGACAUCUUGGCUUGGUUCAUAAUCACUUCACAGGAACCAUCCCUUCCUCAAUAUCCAACAUAUCUUCCAUCCAAGUACUUAUGCUCUCGUCAAACAAAUUUAGUGGGUAUGUGCCUCCCACGUUGGGGAGGCUCAGACGUCUCCAACUUGUGAACUUGAGUAACAAUAAGCUUGAAGCAAAUGACAACAAGGGUUGGGAAUUCAUCACUUCUUUGGCAAACUGCAGCAGACUGCAGCUAUUGUCAUUCAGCAACAAUGCUUUUGAAGGACAACUGCCAGGUUCAAUUGUAAACCUCUCAACGACUCUCCAGUCCUUAUACUUUGGUGGAAGUAUGAUCUCUGGAAUUAUUCCUGCUGACAUCGGUAAUCUGGUUGGUCUCAAAGUUUUUGAUAUAGCAGCUACUUCUAUAUCUGGAGUGAUUCCAGAUAGCAUCGGUAAGCUAGAGAACUUGGUCAAUUUAAACUUGAUCUACCAUACCUUGUCUGGUCUCAUACCUCCAUCGCUAGGAAACCUUUCACAAUUGAUUAGCCUUCGUGCACGUGAUUGCAAUUUGGAGGGGCCAAUUCCAGCAAGCCUGGGAGAGUUGAAAAAUAUCUUUAUGAUUGAUUUGUCAAGGAAUUUCCAUCUUAAUGGUUCAAUACCAAGAGAGAUUUUAAAAUUAACCAGCCUCUCUUGGUAUGUGGACUUGUCAUACAAUUCCCUUUCUGGACCCAUUCCCAAUGAAGUUGGUAGCUUGUCAAACCUUAACCAACUUAUUCUAUCAGGAAACCGAUUGUCUGGCGAGAUACCUGAUAGUAUUCAGAAUUGCAUAGUGUUGGUACUGCUAUCAUUAGACAAUAAUUCAUUCGAGGGAGUCAUACCUCGACCACUGGCAAAUAUAAAGGGGCUCAUUAAACUAGACCUCAGCAUGAAUAAGUUCUUUGGCGAGGUGCCACAUGAAGGUGUUUUUAGAAACAUCACUUACUUAGCGGUUGCCGGGAAUAUCAAUUUGUGUGGUGGUACACCUCAACUGGACAUGGCUCCAUGCUCCAUAAGCAAGAAGACUAGAAAGAUGCCAAAGUCCCUUGUCAUUUCUUUAGCGACAGUUGGAGCAAUCUUGUUGUCACUUUCACUUGUUUUUCUUAUUUGGAUGCUUUGCAAGAAUCUCAAACCAAGCCAGAAGACAGUAGCCCAAAAUUCAAUUGUUGGUGACCGUUACAAUAGAAUCCCCUAUCAUGCAUUAUGGAAAGGAACUAACGGAUUUUCAGAAGCCAACUUGCUUGGGAGAGGAAGUUAUGGUGCAGUUUAUAAGUGUGUUUUGAACACUGAAGAAAGAACAUUGGCUGUCAAGGUUUUUAAUCUUGGUCAAUCUAGGUAUUCAAAGAGUUUUGAGGCUGAGUGUGAGAUCAUGAGAAGGAUGCGACAUCGUUGUCUCAUUAAGAUCAUUACUUCUUGUUCGAGCGUCAACCACCAAGGUCAGGAGUUCAAGGCAUUGGUUUUUGAGUUCAUGUGCAAUGGUAACUUGGAUGGUUGGCUUCAUCCAGAAUCUCAACAACCUACUACAAACAACACACUCAGCCUUGCUCAAAGGCUUGAUAUUGCUGUCGGUAUUGUGGAUGCAAUAGAAUAUCUACACGACUACUGUCAACCAUUGGUAAUCCAUUGCGAUCUUAAGCCAAAAAACAUUCUUCUUGCUGAAGACAUGAGUGCACGAGUUGGAGACUUUGGCAUAUCAAGGAUUCUGCAAGAAAAUACAAGCAAGGGGAUGCAAACUUCAUAUAGCUCAACUGGAAUUAGAGGUUCCAUAGGCUAUGUUGCUCCAGAGUACGGUGAAUGCUCUGCUGUCUCAACAGCUGGUGAUCUUUAUAGUCUUGGCAUAUUAUUGCUUGAGAUGUUUACCGGAAGGAACCCAACAGAAGGCAUGUUCAAAGAUUCAUUGGAUCUGCAUAAGUUUGUUGAGGAUGGAAUCCCAAACAGAACCUUGGAGAUAGCCGACCCAACAUUGUGGCUGCACAUCGAACGACACAAUAACACUGCUAAUAAUAGAAUCCAGGAGCUAGUAAUUGUUCUCAGAGCUAUGUUUCUGUACAACUAUAUCAAAUAA